GAGGGGAAAAGGGGAGGGUGCUGGGGGGGGCUUGGCUCCUUCGUCCCUGCCCAGUGUCCCUCCAGAGCCGGAGCUGGGUGCCACGAUGGUGGUCACGCUGGGAUACUGGGACAUCCGUGGGCUGGCCCAUGCCAUCCGCUUGCUGCUGGAGUACACGGAGACCCCCUACCAGGAGAGGCAGUACCGCCCCGGCCCAGCCCCCGACUUUGACCCGAGCGACUGGACCAACGAGAAGGAGAAACUGGGCCUCGACUUCCCCAACCUACCCUAUCUCAUCGACGGCCCCACCAAGCUGACGCAGAGCAAUGCCAUCCUGCGCUACAUCGCCCGCAAGCACAACAUGGGCGGCGAGACGGAGGAGGAGAUGCUGCGCGUGGACAUGCUGGAGAACCAGCUCACGGAUUUGCGUAUGAGCUUUGCCCAGCUGUGCUACAACCCCGACUUUGAGAAGCUGAAGCCGGCGUACCUGGAGAAGCUGCCGGGGAAGCUGCGGGAUCUGUCACGGUUCCUGGGCUCCCGGCCGUGGUUUGCAGGGGAGAAGCUCACCUUUGUGGACUUCUUGGCAUACGACGUGCUGGACCAGCAACGCAUGUUUGUCCCCGAGUGCCCGGAGCUGCAGGGCAACCUGGGCCGGUUCCUGCAGCGCUUCGAGGCGCUGGAGAAGAUCUCUGCCUACAUGCGGUCGGGGCGCUUCAUGAAGACCCCCAUUUUCUGGCGCACUGCUCAAUGGUGCAACACCAAGGAGUGAGAGGGGUCCCCCCCCACGCCCCCCCACUUCACCCCCAGCCCCCUCCCCUGCAGAAUAAAUCGGGGGGGCUGCCCCCUUGUCUGGUUGCCA